AUGACUAUUAUCCUUUCCAUAUCUGAAACUUCAACUUCUUCCUUUCCUUGUUCUGUCCCUUCUUCACCUAUUGCAUCUCCUGAUCCACCUGUUGCAUCUUUUGAUCCACCAGUCAUCCCCUCUAUUCCUGCACCUUCUGAUUCCUGUUCUGUCCCUCCUCCUGAAAAAUCUGCCGCUUCCACUGUUUUUCUUGCUGUGUAUAUGGAUGAUAUUAUUCUUACGGGUGAUGACCUUAAUGAAAUCUCUGCCCUUAAGGAGUUCCUAAACAACCAAUUUAAGAUCAAAGAUUUGGGUUUACUCAACUAUUUUCUUUGCAUUGAAGUCUUAUAUGAUGACUCUGGGGUUAUUCUUCAUCAACGAAAGUUCAUUGCUGAUUUACUUCAUGAAUUUAAUUGUGAUUCUGUUUCAGCUGUGGUUUCUCCUCUUGAAUUGGGUGUAAAAUUGAAAUCUGAUGAUGGGGAGUUGUUGCCUAGGCCUGGCACUCAUAGAAGUUUAGUUUCUAAGCUUAAUUUUCUCACCCACACUAGGCCUGAUUUGUGUUUUGCUGUUCAGCACUUAAGUCAGUUUCUCAAGUGUCCUAGGGUGCCUCAUAUGAAUGCUGUUUUUCACAUUUUGAGAUAUUUGAAAGGCACUCCUGAUUUUGGGGUUUUUCUCAAUAACUCCCCUGAUUUUUCCUUACUUGCCUACUGUGAUAGUGAUUGGGCUGCAUGUUCUGAGUCUCGUAGGUCCGUUUCUGGGUUUUUCAUAUCUCUAGGAGGGAGUUUAAUAAGUUGGAAAUCUAAGAAACAGACUGUUGUUUCAUUAUCCUCUGCUGAGGCUGUGUAUCGGGCAAUGAGUAAGGUUGUGGCUGAAUUGGUUUGGUUUGUUCGUUUACCCACUGAUUUGGGACUUCCUACUGUGUCUCCUGUUCCUGUCUAUUGUGAUAAUCUGGCUGCCCUACAUUGCGAAAAAUCCCGUGUUUCACGAACGUAUUAA